AUGAGUCGUCUGAGGGCACGGGGAGAUAAAUUAGAGGCCGUCACUUGGCUAUACUUGUGCACAGUUUGUACACCCACUCAGUUCUCUUUGUGUCUUAAAGAGAAGACUAGUUUUGGUUUUGUCUACUUGUACUGUUUCUUCCUCGAAUGUAGUCUUCUCCUACCUAGCAGCGAGUCACAACUGUCACUGCUAGGUGAACAGGGGUUACACUGUAAAGAAGUCCGCCCAGCGACUUCUGACUUGACCUGGGAUUCGAACCCGGGACCUCCCGAGUACAGCGGCGGCGGUAAUGCAAGCGGGACGACGGGGCUGGUGCUGUGCUCGUGGUGUGGGCGUGUGUGCGGCAGCGGCAGCAACGGGCAGCGAGGGGGCAGCGCCUUCCAGCUCUCCACCACCAGCGGUGAACUUCACUUCUGCUCCGAAGUCUGCUUCACCCAGUGCCGCCGCGCCUCCUUCAAGAAGAGCAAGGUGUGUGACUGGUGCCGCCACGUGAGGCCCACCGUCACUUACGUGGACUUCACCGACGGAGACCAUCAGUUGCAGUUCUGUAGCGACAAGUGCCUCAACCAGUACAAGAUGCAGAUAUUUUGCCGCGAGACGGAGGCCCACCUGCAGAUGCACCCCAUCUCAACGACCCUGAAGCCAGCCACGUCCAGCGGCCUCAUCACCCCCGACCUGUGGCUCCGGGACUGCUCUCAAAAGGGCAAUGAAUCGGACACCCAGCCGGAGAAUGAGGUGCAGGUGGGCUCCCCGGACUCCCCGCCCCGUCCGCCUUCAGCCACCCUCGCCUCGCCGGAUCCCUCGGAGCCAGUCAACCUCACCACCACUCAGUCCUCCCGAAGCGAUCCGCGGGGCUCCUCUCCCCCAGCAAGGGCGUCCCCGCUGCCCGUAAGACAAUGUACAACGCGCCCCACAGAGACGCGCAGUCCUGCUCCGCCCCCCGUCCCUCGUUACGGCCGUCCAAGACUCCGGGACCGGCGCGACGCCGGCAGGGAGACAGGCCGUCCGCGGACCAUGCGAUCCUCCCUGCAGGUGACGCGCACCUCCCAACCCGAGACAGAUCGGCAGGAGGAGCCCGUCAGGAUGCCCACUAUUCGAGUAAGGCAGCUGGAGGCGCAGCAGCAGGAACCGGGGCCAGUUGGGGAGCGAGAAGCGGCUCCAUCAGUGGAGGUGGUGGGUGACGGCAGCGGAGACGGCUCCCCUCACCCCCCCGCCCAACCACCCGGACUGCCUUUAGGUGGGUUGGGAGGCGGACUAGGUGGAUUAUUGCCUAUAGUUGGCGGGGCGCCGCUGUUGCUGCCACACAUGCUGCCGCCGGACCUGCCCCGCACGCCCCUGCUGCCCCAUUUGUUGUUGCAGCGUCCUGAACUUCUGCGUCCACCUCCAAUUCGCCACCCACUACUGUCGGCGCCGCAGGCACCUGCCCCUCCCACCCCUGCACCUCCCACAGCCGUCCCACCGCCUCCUCCAGGACCUCCAAAGACCCUUGGGGGGUCCCUACUACCUCCCGUGACGGUGCUAUUACCGUGUCCUCUACCCAUCCCCAUCCCCAUUCCUAUACCAAUACCCAUACCCAUCCCAGUGUCGCCUAGGAGUGAAGCUCCCGAAACUCGUUCCCAGGUGCAGAAGGAGUCCUCGGGGCGGCCCCGCUCGGUGCCCCGAAAGGAUGCAGCUCGGCCCGGUUCUGUAAUAAACGGCCCCAUGGGUGCAUCCACUAGCUCAGCGGCCCCAGGCUGUUCUGGCCCCGUCCCGCCUCUACCACCGCCGCCCAAGUCCUCUUCCUCGCCCUCUAGUGAGGGCGGUGAAAGGGGUCCGCGGCCUGACCGGGAGCGCCGCAGCAUUCUGCGCUACACUUCUGACGUGUACGAGAUCAACGGGGUUUUCCUGCCUCGUGACUCUGCCUGGGAUUCCCCUGAACCGCUGCACUUGCGUCGCGCCCUCGUAGGGGAGACAGCCCAGGAGACCACUGCCACCACAGCCACCUACGCCCUGCAGCAAGAAGUGGAAUCCAAGAACCCGUCAGAAAGCCCUUCCCCAGAGCCCAGCGAGGACAACAAAGAGGCGCUAUCUGGCCUCACGCGGCGCAGAGAGGAGAACAGCACCGUCAGGAAGUUGCUCGGAGACGACGACGAAGAUGUCGAAGAGCACAAAGAAGAAAUCAAACCUGCAGACUCCACGGAGGCGGAGAGCGCCAGCCCACCCGCCCCCGCCGUACCGCCCGCCAGGAAGCGGCCCCCGCCCGGCGAGCACGUGCAACCCCUGCCCAAGAAGAAGCACUUACUAGUGUGACCCCAGCCGUCCCUCCGGCACCGAGGGGGACGCACCCGCAGAGCUUGGCCAGCUGACAACCGAGGCGGAAGCGGCGCCGGGUGGGGGGCCUUAGCUGUGGCUCUGCUGUCCGUUGCAUCGUCACGCCCAGCGACUCCAGAAGUCAACAGUUACGCGUGGCCACGAGCUCCCCUGACGGUGAUGCAGAACACAAGCUGGAGCAGGUCCCUCUAGAAUGAAGCCAAAGAAACAUGUCCCCAGCGAGCAGCCUCGCACCGGCGGACCGCGGCAGCUCAGGUGGUGUCCCCCUGGCUAGCCGCUGCCGCCGGGCUGCGCGCUGCAGUGUGCUGCUGCUGCUGCUGCUGCUGCUGCUGCUGCUGCUGCUGUUGCUGCUGCUGCUGCCGCCGCUGCUGCUGCUCCUGCCGCCGCCCCUGUUGCUACUGCUGUGUUCUCUGCAUUGUACAAUAAGCUUUUCUGUACUAUAGUGUGACGUCAUAGAUGUUGAUGUAUAUACAGUGAUAUAUUCUUACGCCGCGUGUUAUAUGUUUUAUGUUGAUAUUACAUAUAUGAAUAUAUAUACAUACAGACAGACGGACAUACAAACAGACAGACAUAUACGAUAUGAUUAUACCAUCUUGCGCUAUCUUUUUCACAUACCCUUGUUUUGUAGUAAUCUCUCUCUCUCUCUCUCUCUCUCUCUCUCUCUCUCUCUCUCUCUCUCUCUCUCUCUCUCUCUCUCUCUCUCUUCGUUCCUAAGCCAUCUAGUCACUGGGGAGGGGAAGGGAUAGGAGGGGAAGGGAGGGAAGGAAAGGGUGGGAAGGGGAAAGAAGGAUGGAAAAAAGAAAGAAAACCCAACAAUAAGAAAAGUAGAGAAGGUGGAGGAAGGAGAAAGAGAAGAAAAAAGAAUAGGAAGAAAAAGAUGAUUUGUAAGGGAGAUAGAGAAAAAAAAAAAAAAAACAAGAGAAGAACAAGUGAGUGGGAUUUCCGAGGUGAUUCUUGAAAAAAACUCGCGACCGGCCCUCAGCUGGGAACCCGCAUCUCCUGUACCGGCCACUGAAUAAAGGAUCACGGCACAGA